GAUGUUAUUGAUAACACUUGUAAGCUUAAGCACCUUAGAAGAGUCUUAGCUGAGAUCAUUAGUGUUCCAUUUCAUUUCCUGUCAACUGCAUUGAACAUCGCACUACAUACAUCAUGUCGAAACCUACCUAUGUCUACAAGCUCAUUUCCUCUACCUCCGCUCCUCCAGAUCCCCUCCCUGAAAGACUUCCAGUCAGCACUAUCGACGAAACGUCUGGCUUCGUCCAUCUUUCCACAGCAGUUCAGGUCCCAGGCACACUGAAAUAUUUCUUCGCCGAAGACCGCCGUGUGUACAUUUUGCGUAUCCCGUAUGAUGAGAUCGAGAAGAAUAUCAGAUGGGAGGACCCAAAGGCUGAGAUUUGUGGUCCACGUGGAGGGGAGGGGAUGUUUCCUCAUCUGUAUAACGGCUUGAAACUUGGAAGAGACGAAGUGGAGAGUGUUGCUGUCUGGGAGAAGGGGGAUGAGUGGGAUGCAGCAUUGCUGAAAGCGGAGAACUGGCUGGUGUAUUAAAUAUCACCAAAGAUCCGAAACAAGACUUGGGCAAUGACUUCUGCGGACUUUGGGGCAUUGACCAGGCGCCUGAAUGUACAGAUAAAUUACAGCAUAUUGACAAAGCAGAUAUAUACAUCAUGAUUUUCUAUGUGCACGAAUCAUGAUCUGGCAAGUUUCACCUGCUAUACCUCCUCCCUUUUGUCAUAUUCUGCGUCGGCCUCGCUGGAAGAAUGUAGAAAGGUCCUUUGCU